CCAGGUUCUCCUUCCCUGCUCACCAAUUGCUCGAGUUAGAGUCAUCUGAAAUGGCCACACUGCAGAAAUCUGUGAGCUUUUCCCUUCUGGGGACUCUGGCUGCCAGCUGCCUUCUUCUUGUUGCUCUGGCGGUGCAGGAAGGGGCCGCUGUGCCUAUCAGGUCUCACUGCAAGCUUGACAAGUCCAACUUCCAGCAGCCUUAUAUCACCAAUCUCACCUUCAUGCUGGCUAAGGAGGCUAGUUUGGCAGAUAACAACACAGAUGUCCGUCUCAUUGGGGAGAAACUGUUCCGCGGAGUCAAUAUGAGAGAGCGCUGCUAUCUGAUGAAGCAGGUGCUGAACUUUACCCUUGAAGAAGUGCUGCUCCCCCAGUCUGAUAGAUUCCAGCCCUACAUGCAGGAGGUGGUGCCCUUCCUGGCCAGGCUCAGCAACAAGCUAAGCCAAUGCCAUAUUGAAAAUGAUGACCAGCAUAUCCACAGAAACGUGCAAAACUUGAAGGACACAGUGAAAAAGGGUACCAUAUUAUCUGCAGGUUUUAUGGAUGAUAUGUCUUUCAUUGCCAGAGAAUGA